AUGAAUCAAUACAAAAUAUAUUUAGACAAGUAUCGCAUCAAUCGUGCUAAGUUGAUUCUUGUAAAAAGAGAAGCUACAAACACGACAGUGGUUGAAAACUACGACAUCCACGGUAACCUAGGUUCUUUAACAGCAUGUAAAAUAAUAAACGAAGCAAGUCAAAAUAUUGAUGGUCCUCAAGAAUAUGAUAUUUCCAGUGUAAACUCACAAGAUAGAACUCAUUUAGCAAGCUGUCAUCCCCCAAGAAAAGUACUAUACAAGUACAAGCGCAAUGAGAAGAAAAUAAAACAGAUAAAUCCUCAAAACAGGAUAAGGUCGGCCGAGCUGGCCAAAGUCAGCGUCAUCCACCUGUCCGAUAAUAGCUUCCAACUUGAGAUAAUCUGGAUCCAAUGGUAUUCAAGUGGUGCAGUACGCUAUCAAAUCGAAACAGAUUUAUGGAUAGUCACGCAGCCAGAGACUAUUAAAAUCGUGUAUGAAGCAGCUACAACCAAUAAUAGGAGCAACAUCAUUAUAACAGGUAUGCUUCACACCAUCACUCCUAAACUCUUCAUGCCUCCUGAUGAUUCCCCAGUUGUUGAGGAUAUCCAUUUGCACGGGAUGAUAUCAAAUUUGAUUAGAUCCACACGCCUGGAUGUAUGCGUUGGUGAGUUCAAACCUGCAAAGUAUUCGUCUAGCUUCCUCGUUUCCGAUUCCGUCAAAAUUGGUCAGCAAAUGAAUGAAAUAUUUCUAGCGUAUGGUUCUGGUUUACACCUUUUCUUUGUGAACGAUGCCUGUCGAAAUAUGUUCAAUCCCGACAAUCUUUCAGAAGCUCAAUUAUUUGAAGCCGCACGAAUUAUAGAAAAUCAUGAGCUUAAACAGACCAAAUAG